CAAAAUCGUCCUGAUCGGGGAUUCUGGCGUCGGGAAGUCCAACAUCCUCUCCAGGUUCACCCGCAACGAGUUCUCAUUGGAUUCCAAGUCCACCAUCGGCGUCGAGUUCGCUACCAAGACCCUUCAGACAUGGAGCUGCUGAUUGUGUUAUGCAGAAUGUCCGUGAGACAAGAGAAGUAAAAAAGACUGAAGGGAGCCUGGAUGGGAAAAAGAACUUUCCAUUACUUGGAAUUUGAAGGGAAAUAAAGGAAAAAAGGGGGAAGUUCUUUUACUACUGAUGCUCUUCAUAAUUUCUGUAGAAAUCAACAAAAUUUAUAACGUUUAGGUAGAUAAAAUAUUACCUGAGGAGAAGAGAAUGUUACACAGGGUUUAUGUGAAUAACUAUUUCGUUUUACUUGAAAUCAUGUAUUUUAUUUUUCUCAAAUUUUACUUAACUUCUGGGUUUGUAUCAGAUCAAUAACCGAAAUGAAUGAACAGAUUGAAGGGAAGACAGUGAAGGCGCAGAUUUGGGACACAGCUGGUCAAGAAAGGUACCGUGCCAUCACCAGUGCAUACUACCGGGGUGCGGUGGGAGCACUUCUCGUCUACGAUAUAACGAAGAAGCAAACCUUCGACAAUAUGCAGAGGUGGCUACACGAACUCAGAGACCAUGCAGAUUCCAACAUUGUCGUCAUGAUGGCUGGUAAUAAGUCAGAUUUGACGCAUCUAAGAGCAGUUUCAGAAAGCGAAGGACAGGAAUACGCCGAGAAGGAAGAACUGUCUUUCUUGGAGACUUCAGCACUAGGAUCGGAAAACAUCGAGAAGGCGUUUCAAACGAUUCUAACAGAGAUCUAUCACAUAAUGAACAAGAAGGCACUUGCGGCCCAAGAGGCAGCAAGGAAUACCGCACCUCCUAGUCAAGGCACAACCAUCGAUGUGACUGAUUCUUCUGCUGGAAGCUCAAACACUUUCUGCUGCUCGAGCUAGAUAGAUGAUCACCUUCUUGAAGAAAGCUUAAACGGUUUGUGGUCUGAGGGGUUUUAGGAUUAAUCGCGAAUACUUGUAGAUUAUUCUCUCCUUUUUUUUCUCUCUCUAAAUUUAGUGUGGCUUCUUGAGGUGAGUUUCUAGCAAAAGACAAAAUCGCAAUGAAGCGUGCAAAAUCUGGAUUUUGGUUUACCACUUAAUUAAUUUUUGCUUCAUAGA